AUGCUUAAGCUGUGGACGCUGUCCGAUCCGGAUUCCACCCGCACCCGCACCCGCAUAUUAGUGAAAUCAUCGUCCCUGUCGGCCGCACCCGUCUCAUCCAGAUCCAGCACCAGCAGGCAGCCGCCCCGGUUCCGCCGCCGUCGUUACCGCCGGCCUUCGGUCCCCGCCGCCGCAGCCUGGGUCGCCACCGCCCCGUCAACCCCCGACCAGUGCCCGUGCUCGUGGCGGCGUCCCCAACGUUACCGUGUGGACGCUGGAGCACGAGGCGAGAUCUGGGCCGACGAGAGCUACAAGGCGAUCGGGCUGCCGAAGAAGAUCCCCGUGCUCGCGCUCAUCCACCCCAAGAACCCCGACGUGGUCUACUUCUUCCUGGAGAAGCGCCUCUUCGGCGUCAACGUGCGUGCCCGCAAGGUUGUGCAGUGCCAGGUCUACCAGCUGGUUGUGCAGCGAAGCCACUACAUCGCCAACCGCUUCGUCCGAGCUUGGGAGCUGCCGCGUGCGCUCUCCUCAGAUCCAUAUAUGGCUUCCAGCUGGUCGGACCUGCCAAUUGAUCUUCUCCUUGGCAUCCUACAUCACCUUGAGCUCCCGGAAAUCCUUGCAUUCGCAGCAGUCUGCUCGUCGUGGUGUUCUGCUGCCACAGCUGCCAGUGCCCUUCCCUGUCGAGCACCAUGGCUCAUGUCCUGGGAUUUACCUCCUGAGGAAAGGGAACAGCUUCGCAAGCAUGAGAGGCAUUUCCCUGUGAGCAACGUGUUCCACACCCUCCUUAACCCAGAAAAGAAUUACAAAGCCUCUUUCCCAGAGCCUUACCUGUGGAACUGCUGUGGUGCCUCUCACGGUUGGCUGAUUCUGGCAAACAAACUCUCCAACCUUGUCAUGUGCAACCCCUUUACCUUGGCGAAGAUCCCUCUCCCACCAAUCACCGAUUUCACGUGCGUGGCGGCUGUCUAUGGUAGUGAAGGGAAUCUUGUGGGUUAUCGUUAUGGAAGUGAUGGUCGUCUUUGUAAUCUAAAAACUCUGGGCACAUGGUUCUAUCAGAAGGUGGCGUUAUCAUGCACUCCAUCCCUAGGUGGUGUCUACACUGUGAUGAUCAUCCAUCGCGACUGUGAUUGGCUCUCGUUUGCUAGGGCAGGAGAGGACAGCUGGCAUGUGGUUUCAACUUUAGAUAGGAGAGAAGAUAGUUACACAGAUUGUGUCUACCACAAUGGUAAAUUCUACACAGUGACAAUGGAAGGAAUAGUUGAAAUGUGGGAUAUUGAUGGUUCGUAUGAACCAAAAAAGGAAGUGAUCAUUAAUAAGAGGAGAAACAGUAAGGGUCGAAUUAUCAUUACAGACCGGGACAAACUCUUUACCAGGUACCUAGUAUCAACACCUUGGGGUGACCUUUUGCAAGUUCGUCCAAUUCUUGCACGUGGAGAAAAAUGUCCCAAAAAUGUCAUGGUAAAAAUAGACAAGGUUGAUGUUGAGGGGCGUCAGAUAAUAGCAUUGAGACCGGAGACGGCCCUACAGGAGCAUGCGGUGUUUCUUGGCCUAAAUCACUCUUCUUGUUUACCCACAAACAAAUUCCAUGAGCUAAGGCCAAAUUGUAUUUACUUCACUACCCCCCAGUUGAGGAAAGAAAAAUACUUUGAUCUUGUGAAGCAUGGUUGGAGAGGUGUAAGGAUUUAUGACUUGGAGAAUAGCACACUUGAGGAUACUUUUCCCUACAACGGGAGUUGGGAAGUAUGGAUCACCCCGAAUAGUUGAUGGUUGAGGAAUCUUAUCAGCAACUGUUUCAGAAAUUCCUUACUAAUGUUUAUUUUUACUGAUAGUAGUAGAUGAUCCACAUUAUUAUGCAGGUUUUUUCUCUGAUGUGAAUUUUAGGAAUAAUACAUGACUCAUGAAUUUACGUUUCUCCCCGUUCAAUGCUUAUGUAUAAGAUUUAUGUUAAUAUUGCCCGUGUUGUUGGAAGAAUUUUUUUUAUUGUGCUGCCCCUUCACAAUUGUGAACAGGAACAUAAUAGUCAGCACUGGAACAUAACAACCCUUGUUUUGAUAGAGGAAUUGUAUAUAGGAUGCAAACGUGAUACACAUAUUAUAUACUCUGCGUUUACAUCUUU